AUGGCGGGUCUUUGGGGCGCUUUUACGUCAUUUGUCUCCGGAACUGUUUCGGCAGUCAAAAACACUGUAUCGAGAAUCGCGACUAGAAGUGUGACAUCAAUGGCAAGUGAGGCGAUGCAGGUGAUCAUGACUAGCGAGAACCUCGAGAAGGCUAUAAAGUCAGAAGCCGGAGACAAGGUGGUUAGCGGCGUCAUUUUGGUAAUCAUGUGGCACAUAUGGCUAACGUACUUCGUCCCACUGAUUCUUGCCAAGGGAUUUUGCGUUGCUCUUGUCUUCAGCAUCUACUACUACGGAUGGUUGGGUCGAUUCAGGGCUAGAUUUUUCAGGGGUCUCACACUGUUCCUGGAAGUACUCUUGUAUUGUUGCUGGAAGGUAUGGAAGGCACUAUUGGCGCUUGUAGAAUAUGCGUACGCAAGUGGCAAUGCCGAGGGUUACGGCAAACUGAGAGGCUAUGGUUACAGCCCUCUCGUAUUCGACUCGCACGACGUUCACUGA